AUCCUCACUUUCUUGAGUUCCUUCUUUCUCUCGGCUUUCCCUGAAAGCAUUGCCAUCAGCAAGCGAGAGAUUAGUGCUUAUGUUAUGGCCUACUAUGUGCAUCGACUGGAUUGAGCGUUCUCGACCCCUUUGCCAUGUUGGGCCUCGUUUGUUAUUGGUCGGCGCUUAGAGGUCGGGUUUGCUUCCGGCCCGAAAUUUUGUUCUCAGCACAGACACCAAAUCAUGCCACCAAAACACCUGGCCAGUGGUAGCACCAUUCCUCCCCCUCCUCCCUCUAGGCUUCCAAGAUUGGCAGCUUUUGCUACUUUUAUUACGCUAUUCGCAUUAUUAUGUCAAUACUUGGACACUAUAAAGGAUCGUUGGUACAUCUUAGACCCUCCCUACCUACAUGAUCUGUCAAAGCAAGCUGUUGCAACACACCCAGACGAUAUGCCGAAAAUCAUUUCACACAUCGUUUCUAACCUCACUGCCACAUACGGUCCCAAGCACAUCAAUCCCAAGGAGAAGGAGUGGGUGUUUAACAAUGCUGGGGGUGCCAUGGGUGCCAUGUAUAUCAUUCAUGCCUCUAUCACUGAAUACCUAAUCGUGUUUGGAACUCCGCUGGGAACUGAGGGCCACACGGGCCGUCACACCGCUGAUGACUAUUUCCAUAUACUCCAAGGGGAGCAGUGGGCAUUUGCGCCCCCAAAUUUGUCAAAGGAGGUAUACCCACCCGGCUCAGUUCAUCAUCUCCCGCGCGGGUCAGUAAAACAGUAUAAGAUGCACGAAGGGUGCUUCGCUCUGGAGUAUGCACGAGGAUGGAUACCCCUUAUGCUGCCAUUUGGCUUUGCGGAUACUCUCUCGUCCACCCUUGACAUUCCGACUCUAUAUGAUACAAUCGUGAUAACAGGGAGGGAGAUGCUGAGGAACUUAUGGGUUGGAAAGAUCUAAGCCGACUUCUCGUUGUUCAACUUUGAGUGUCCACACCUUGAAUCUAUUCUCUCCAGAAUUUGAACAAGACCACCGUCCAAUGCAUACAUACAAUCCAAAUUAGGUCUGCUCUUC